CGCAACUCACCUAAGCACCUACGCAAAGAAAAAACAGAGACAUUUCCAUUUUCACUUCCAUUAUUGUUCGUUUUCUUCUUUUCUUUCCGGGAAAGCGAGAGGGAAAGAGCGAGAAAGUGAGAAGCGAGAGGGGAAAGAAAACGUUGGGGUCUCUCGGCAUUGCUGUAUGUCAGUGGAGUAUUACAGUGACAAUUACUACGGUGGAUACGGUGAGCUCGCCAACCCUUUACAAUGGCCACAACUCAGGAAAAAACGACGCCUUGUUGCGCUCCCACUGUCACCAAAUCAUUGCCACCUCAAACUCCUCCUACUGCUCUGCUUGGAAAGCCCUCCGGCGAUUGGGCCGUUGCCGGGUCCGACCCGUCGGAGGAUCCGGCCCUCAAGAGGUCGUCCGUGGCGACCAUGAUCCGCUCCUUUGAUACCAUCACUGACCCUCCUACAAACACUGCUUCCACCAAAGGUGUCCCAAUCAUGGUGAGGGCUCAAACCAGCCACCCUUUGGACCCUUUAUCUGCUGCCGAAAUCUCUGUGGCAGUGGCAACUGUCAGGGCAGCUGGAGCAACCCCUGAGGUGAGGGAUAGCAUGCGCUUUAUUGAAGUAACUUUGGUGGAACCAGAUAAGAGCGUUGUUGCUUUGGCAGAUGCAUAUUUCUUCCCUCCUUUCCAGCCAUCAUUACUUCCCAAAACAAAAGGCGGACCUGUAAUUCCUAGUAAGCUUCCUCCAAGGCAAGCAAGACUAGUCGUGUAUAACAAAAAGUCGAAUGAGACAAGCAUAUGGAUCGUUGAACUAUCAGAAGUUCAUGCAGCAACUCGAGGUGGUCACCAUAGGGGCAAAGCUAUCUCAUCCAAAGUUGUUCCGGAUGUUCAGCCUCCCAUGGAUGCUGUGGAAUAUGCUGAAUGUGAAGCUGUUGUCAAGGACUUUCCUCCAUUUAGGGAGGCCAUGAAGAGAAGGGGUAUCGAGGAUAUGGAUCUUGUGAUGGUCGAUCCCUGGUGUGCUGGAUAUCACAGUGAUGUUGAUGCUCCUAGCCGCAGACUUGCUAAACCACUUAUCUUCUGUAGAACUGAGAGUGACUGCCCUUUGGAAAACGGUUAUGCUCGUCCAGUUGAAGGAAUCCAUGUACUUGUUGAUAUGCAAAAUAUGGUGGUUAUUGAGUUUGAAGACCGUAAACUUAUUCCCUUACCACCUGCUGACCCAUUGAGAAAUUACACUCCUGGAGAAACACGUGGAGGUGUUGAUCGAAGUGAUGUGAAACCUUUACAAAUCAUUCAGCCUGAGGGUCCAAGUUUUCGUGUUAAUGGCCACUUUGUUCAAUGGCAGAAGUGGAAUUUUCGUAUUGGUUUCACUCCAAGGGAGGGUUUGGUAAUUUAUUCUGUUGCAUAUAUUGACGGUAGUAGAGGUCGGAGACCUGUAGCACACAGAUUAAGUUUUGUUGAGAUGGUGGUCCCUUAUGGAGAUCCGAAUGAACCACAUUACAGGAAGAAUGCAUUUGAUGCAGGGGAAGAUGGGCUUGGAAAAAAUGCACAUUCACUUAAGAAGGGUUGUGAUUGUUUAGGGUAUAUCAAGUACUUUGAUGCACACUUUACAAAUUUCAAUGGGGGCGUUGAAACAACUGAGAAUUGUGUUUGCUUGCACGAAGAGGAUCAUGGGAUUCUGUGGAAACAUCAAGAUUGGAGAUCAGGUUUAGCAGAAGUUCGACGGUCUAGAAGGCUGACAGUGUCUUUUAUAUGCACUGUGGCUAACUAUGAGUAUGGAUUCUUCUGGCAUUUUUAUCAGGAUGGAAAGAUUGAAGCUGAGGUUAAACUCACUGGAAUACUUAGCUUAGGAGCACUGCAACCAGGGGAAACCCGAAAAUAUGGUACAACUAUUGCUCCUGGCUUAUAUGCUCCUGUCCAUCAACACUUUUUUGUAGCUCGUAUGGACAUGGCAGUUGAUUGCAAGCCUGGUGAAACAUUUAAUCAGGUUGUUGAGGUGAAUGUUAAAGUUGAAGAACCGGGAAAGAAUAAUGUCCAUAACAAUGCUUUCUAUGCUGAAGAGGAACUUCUGAGAUCUGAAUUGGAAGCAAUACGUGAUUGUAAUCCUUUAUCUGCUCGCCAUUGGAUUGUUAGAAACACAAGAAACGUCAACCGGACUGGACAGCUAACAGGAUACAAACUUGUACCUGGUUCAAAUUGUUUACCAUUAGCUGGUUCUGAGGCAAAAUUUCUAAGGAGAGCCGCUUUCUUAAAGCAUAAUCUUUGGGUCACACCGUAUGCACGUGGUGAAAUGCAUCCUGGGGGAGAGUUUCCUAAUCAAAAUCCACGUGUUGGGGAAGGAUUGGCUACUUGGGUUAAGCAAAAUCGAUCACUGGAAGAAGCUGACAUAGUUCUCUGUCUUGGACUUGGUACGAGUGCACGUUUCGAUGAUUUUUGUAUAGUUGAGCCAAAUCUAGUGGUGAAGGUAUGUAUUUGGAGUCACACACAUUCCUCGGCUGGAAGACUGGCCUGUUAUGCCGGUGGAUCGCAUUGGUUUUACGCUCAUGCCACAUGGGUUCUUCAAUUGCUCGCCAGCAGUGGAUGUCCCUCCGAGUGUAAGCGAUGUGGAAAUUAAGGAAAAUGGGAUAGCAGUAAAGCCUAUCCAGAAUGGACUUCUAGCUAAGCUUUGAAAGGAAUAGUUAGCACGAUUCGGUGCUAAACCUUUAUAUUUGAAAUUUGGAAAGAAAGACAACUGCUGUUUAACUGUGUGGAAUUGGAUGUGUGUCAAAUAAAUGAGCCGCAGGGCCAACUUGCUGCUGAUA